CCUCCAAAGUGCUUGGAUUACAGGCGUGAGCCACCACUCCCGGCCCAGUUAUCAAGUAUUUUUGGAGCACCCAUUCAUUUGUAGUGAGGAGUUAUUUUAAAAUGCUUUUUGGAAUUUAUAGAAACAGAUGCUGUUUUAAAAAGCUUACCAGGGAAAAUGUGUACAACUAUUAUGUAUCAAUAAAAAUUUAAAAAAACACAAGAAGCUCACCAGGGUUACUUGCUGGUUUGCUGUAUUUCUAUUUGGAAUUGUUCAUAUUUUAACUGAUAGCUGUGUCUUCAGGGCACAAUUAACAAUAUUUAAAUGUAAGUUGUUAAGCAAAAAUCAGUCUCUACUUGAUGAAAUGUUUGAUUAGUAAAACUUCACCCUGAUUGUAUUAGAAGGCCUGAGCCAUUAGUUUAACAAAGGACUGAAAUGAUUCCACUGUUGCAUUACCAAAACAUUUUAAUACUUUUAGCAGGAAGACUACUAGAUACAUAAGGGUUUUUUUGUUUUGUUUUGUUUCAACUUAAAAAUUUUAUCAUUUUAAAAUUUCUUAAUAUAAUUAGGGUACAGAUUUGAAAUGAAAUUUUUUUCUUAGAUGGUAGGAAGCAAAAAGCCUCUAAUAGCAUUGACAUUCUGGUAUGAACUUAUCACGGUACCCUUCUAACAUGAGCGUGAGGCCCUCACCAAAGUCUUGAUAAAAAAUAAUAAUUUCUUAAAACCCCACUUGGCUCAAAGACAUUGUCCAGAGCUCCAGUUUUGGACUUUUACCUGUAGUCAGUCAUAUAGUUAUCUGGGGUUAUACUUGUUAAGUCAGUAUUUUAAAAAAUGAAACACCCCGAUUUUGUUCACUUUUGUUUUUAUAUAAAAGAAUCUUUACAGUCAAAAUGUACUUCUAGAUGCUGUAUUGAAAUUGCUGGCAGAGUUUAUUCUAUACAAAAUGAACAAUCUGGCCCCUUGUUUUAUUUGUAAAGGUUCAAUGUAUCUAUGCCUGCCUACCUCAAUCUGCAAGGGAGUGUCAGAAAGGCCCCGCAUUCGCCAAGCCGAGAUACUACUCGUCAACGAAUCAAAUUCAGUGAUGACAGAGUAUGCAAGAGUCACCUUCUCAACUGUUGUCCUCAUGAUGUCCUUUCUGGAACUAGAAUGGACCUUGGAGAAUGUCUGAAAGUCCAUGACCUGGCAUUAAGAGCAGAUUAUGAAAUUGCAUCCAAAGAACAAGAUUUUUUCUUCGAACUUGAUGCCAUGGAUCAUCUGCAGUCAUUCAUUGCAGAUUGUGAUCGUAGAACAGAGGUGGCCAAGAAAAGAUUAGCAGAAACCCAGGAAGAGAUCAGUGCUGAAGUAGCAGCAAAGGCAGAACGUGUUCAUGAGUUAAAUGAAGAAAUUGGUAAAUUGUUAGCCAAGGUGGAACAACUCGGAGCUGAAGGGAAUGUGGAGGAAUCCCAGAAAGUAAUGGAUGAAGUGGAGAAAGCGCGGGCAAAGAAAAGAGAAGCAGAGGAAGUUUAUCGGAAUUCUAUGCCAGCUUCGAGUUUUCAACAGCAGAAACUUCGAGUCUGUGAAGUCUGCUCAGCCUAUUUAGGACUUCAUGAUAAUGACAGAAGACUGGCUGAUCAUUUUGGGGGUAAACUGCACCUGGGAUUUAUUGAAAUAAGAGAGAAGCUUGAAGAAUUAAAGAGAGUUGUAGCUGAGAAGCAGGAGAAAAGAAACCAGGAACGGCUGAAACGAAGAGAAGAAAGGGAGAGAGAAGAGCGAGAGAAGCUGAGGAGGUCCCGAUCUCACAGCAAGAAUCCGAAAAGAUCCAGAUCCAGAGAGCAUCGCAGACAUCGAUCUCGCUCCAUGUCACGUGAACGCAAGAGGAGAACUCGAUCUAAAUCUCGGGAGAAACGCCAUCGCCACAGGUCCCGCUCCAGCAGCCGUAGCCGCAGCCGUAGCCACCAGAGAAGUCGGCACAGUUCUAGAGAUAGGAGCAGAGAACGAUCCAAGAGGAGAUCCUCAAAAGAAAGAUUCAGAGACCAAGACUUAGCAUCAUGUGACAGAGACAGGAGUUCAAGAGACAGAUCACCUCGUGACAGAGAUCGGAAAGAUAAGAAGCGGUCCUAUGAGAGUGCUAAUGGCAGAUCAGAAGACAGGAGGAGCUCUGAAGAGCGCGAAGCAGGGGAGAUCUAACUAGCUGUGUACAUUUCUUCAAUCCUUAAGCUUCCUACGGAGUUACGUACUAUUGUUUAGUUCACAGCUGUUCAGGGUGACAGUAAGCAGAUCCAGACACCAAUCCAGCUAGGCUAGAUGUACAGUAUCUAACUUGAUCUGAACUGAACCUGUUUUCCUUGAUGAUGCCUAAAACUACAUCCAUAGUUUCUGGUGAACAUGUAAUACAGUUCUGAAAGUACCGUUUUAUAUAAUAAGAUGCUGAUCUCUUUAUUCUUUCAAGAGUGAUAGUGAACAAAUUGUGUUACUUGCCUUGGGAUUUUUUGAACAUUUGUAAAAUGCUGUCUUCCUAGUCCAAACAGCUGCAGCUUUGGGCAUUUUCUUUUUAAUUCUUCUUUCUCUGACUUUGUAUCCCUUAAUACCUACACUCUCCAAUUGUAAGAGAAGGUGGGCAGGGAAGCAAUAUAGCUUCCAUUCUAAGGCUCUACUCCCUUUAUGAAUUACUAGUGAUUACAGUUCAGAGCAUUGAUCCUGGAAUGUGUGCUGGAGAAAUUUAAAAUACUGGGUUUUUUGUUUAAUGGUGCCUGUUUAGAGUUGGAAAUUGAACAGCUGUUGCAUUACAUACUUUUGCUUUUUUAUUGAAAUUUUGAAAUCAAACUUGUCUUGAUUUUUCUGUUCUGUUGAAUUGCUAUAUUCAGGAUGUUCUUGGGGGGUGGGGGCAGGGACUCUUCGUAAUAAGCACUUGUUUUAUUUUGUGUGUGUGGAGUAUAAAGGCUACACCCUUAUUGUAAAACAUAAUAAAAUGAAAGAAACAAUCACCACCACCAUUAUUAAACUGUGACUUGUCUAGUAAAUUGUCACCAGAACUAUUUGCUGUGGGCAUUUCCUCUAUUCUAUCAUUAAUAGUGCCUUACUGUGCAAGGCACCAAAGGAUAUAAAUAUGUACUUGCAGAGAUUCCAGAUGAGCUGUUCACGUGGGCCCCUUGCUGACUAUAUUCCAGCCACAUCAGGGUUGUUUGUAGUGACCGUUAUAGAGAAGGAAUGGACCUGUAGAAGAAAUUGGGUAUUCUUAUUCAGCAAACCCAAAUAAAAACAGUAUAUGUAACCAA